GCUUCUUAUAGGGCCUUGAUAAACAUCUUGAGGAAUGAGGAAGAGAUUAAUCUUUAUAGAUGAAUGUAAUGUGUGUGAAUGAAUAUUAAUGUGUGGUUUUGUUUAUCAUAUCUAUGUGUAACUUUGUUCAUAAUUGUAGAAUUGGUCAUGGUUUCCAAGGUGUAGUAAAACGUUGGGGGAUGAAAGGAGGCCCCAGAACUCAUGGUAACACAAAAUCACAUCGUAGGCCUGGAGCAAUAGGUGGAGGAGCGAAAAAGGCAAAUGUAUGGAAAGGAAAAAAGAUGCCAGGACACAUGGGACAAGAAAAAAGAAUUCUUCGAGGGUUGAAGAUUUGGCGUAUCAACACCAAGUAUAACGUGAUCUGGGUGCAUGGGCCCGCUGUUCCUGGUCAUGUACACCACUAUGUUUACAUAAUGGAUGCAAGUGCAGAGAACCGAAAAUUUUCAGAAGAGAAUCCACCUCCGUAUUUUCCUACUUAUUACCCAGACAGUUCAAAUCCACUCCCUGAAGAGCUGUAUGAUGAAGAUCUUCAUAUGUUUCAUGAUGGAACAAUAAUUUUUGAAGAUAAAGAACAGGAUGUGGGGGCAGUCAGGAAAAAGUGAAACUGGAAAUAUCUAGUAAUUUUAAAAUUUACUUCACAUCUGCUACUUUCCAUUAGUAGCAUUAGUAAAUAAUGACAAGGUUUAAACACCAGAGCUGUAAGCCUAUAAACGGAUGUCAAAACAAAAAUUUCUGUAGCAGUAGGGCCAUCAGUGGAGUUUCAAUAAAGAGAAUACGUAUUAUUCAC